UAUGUGUUGACAAAUUGGAGGGCGGUCAGUAUAUCUAUUUACGUUUAUGCAUUCACGGACCGAGACACGUCUAACUAAAGUUAUUUCCUCUCUGUCUCUCCUCCAUCGGACAUCAAAGAGGUGGGCGCCAGAGAAAGAGGGAAAGUGGUGGCGGUUACUAGCGUCGGGGAGGAGGUUAAAAAUAAACAACAAAAAGGGAAAAGUUGUUUUUAGUAAUACAUAUUUACAUAGAAUACUUAAAAUAUAUAACAAUAAUCUGCGUGGAGUAGCGACAGUCAAUACGUAAAUAUAUAAUAAUCAUACUAUUUAUAAAAAUUAAUCACAAAGUUUAUUUAAAUUUAAACAAACAAACAGUGCGAUAAAAUUACCAAUAAUGAGUGCAGUGAUCUAUUACAGACAGUCGAGUUAUCAGUCAGCUUCACCUUCAGCAAAAAUAUAUAAAAACAAACAGUCCCCGAGUUUUUAAAACCACUAGUGCCUAUUAAUAAAUAAAACAUUUCACUUGACCAUGAGUACAAUUAUUUACUGCCCGUGAAGAUUAAAAACCACAAGGGGAAGUUUAAAAAAAAAUAAAACAAUGCCGGCAGUCGCAAACUCGUCAUUGACUUACGAAAUCCUCAUGUACUUAAAUUCAUUUUACUUCGGAAUGUUCGCGGUAUGCGAACUGGGAAUGGGACUCUACAAAGCAACGAGUCUUCCAGCAUCAAAUUCCACGACAACGAUAACUGAAUUUUCACUUCUUCUGUUCCUAAUAGCCACCGAGGGCGGACGUGUCUAUCUGGGCCGUAAGGGAAAUUUAACAGAACGAGGAGUUCCCAUUCUAUGUGGAAUUAUUCUAACAAUACCCAGUGCACUUACGACACUGUAUUUUCUCGUGUGGCAGAGCUAUGUCCUUAGACUAGAGAUGAUCCUCUGUAGCAUACAGUUGGUCCUGCUUACGUCUGAACUUGUCAUCUCUGUCCUGUGCCUUAUUGCCAUUUUUCGUCCUCCGCUCUUUGAAGAAUAGAUUACUAUUGUCAUUUAUUUAAUAUAUUCAUAUCACUCUAUAAUCAUCAUACUUAUUAUUAUUAUUAUUAUCACUAUUAUUUAUAUUAUUAUUAUUAUUAUUAAUAUAGAUAUGUAUAUUACCAUA